AUGGAGUUGAUGAAGGAAAACCAGCCGCCAAUCGUCAAUGCUGGAUGGAACAACAACGGCCCAGCAGGACUCGAUUUGUUGGUCAAGGCAGCACAGAAGAGCAGCCAGCCCAAGAAGUCCAAGGGCCCCACAAUGGUCCUCAACGGUUCCUACGACACGCCCGUCAUCGUCGGCAGAGGUUCCCAGGCGACCUUGAAUCUCGGAAGGAUCAACAAGCAGGUCUCGAGACGCCAUGCAAUUAUUCAGUGGUGCGCCGAAUCUGCCACCUUUGAAAUCACUGUCCUUGGCCAGAACGGUGUCCGUAUUAACGGCACCGGGUUCCCCUCGGGCCAGCAGGCCACCCUGCGCGGAGGCGAUAUUGUCGAUUUGGUCGGCGUCAAGAUGCUCUUCAAAACCCCUACAACCACUCCUCCACCAGCACUGACUCAACAGCAACAUGAAUAUCAGGAUGAUGACUCGUCGCAGGAUGCUGGCCUUGAGAACUUUCAUGAGGAGGAUCAAGUCUAUCAAGACUCUAACGGUAUCGGCCUGGUCACUCCCAAGCGCUCCCAACACUCGACCCUUACCCACUACCAAUUGGCGACACCUGGCACUUCCUCACCCGCUCCUCGGGAUCUUUUGAGCUCGCCCUCUCAAUCGACCCCCACAGCCCGUAUGCGCCACAAGAUGUUGAAAUAUGACCUUUCUUCAUCCCCCAACAGGAACAACAACGUCUACCAAACCCCUCCUUCGGCUACAUCAGAUGCAAGAACAGAUUAUGGCUCCUCGCCCGUCAAGGCCCCACCAGUCUUUGCUAUCCCCUUUGACGCCCUCCCCAACCGGCUGAACAACGCAUCCUUCCCUGCCAGCCCCUCAUCGGAGCCCAACUUUUUCAUGGACGAUACAGCUGCAUCCAGCCCCUUUAGGGUUUCUAACCAGCAGCAGCGCGCACCCUUGGCUCCGCUUGCAUUGACCGAGAACAGCUCUGUCAAGGUCGCUAAAUCAUCUUCACAGGAAUCGACACAGCGCACAGCAUCCGUAUCGGGAUCACCACUGUCAAAAUUGUCAAAGAAUAACGCCAACACCAACACCAACGUCAAAACUGUCUCAGCAAAGUCAGGAACCACUACACAGAAAUCCGCAUCGUCACUCAAGGAUGUUGAGAACGUUGUACCCACCACCAAGGAUUCGGCACAGAAGUCUUCCAAGCCCAAGGACAAGGAGAAUCACAGCGCCAAGAGCGAAAUCAAGACCAAGACACCUACAUCGACCACAGCAACCGCACAACCCACCAAGUCCAAGGAUGCAGUUGCAAAGUCGACAAUCUCUACCACCACAGCUGUCAAGGCACCUAAGCUCAAGACCGCACCCAAGGAGAAAGCCACUGUUGUCAAGGAGUCAACUGCUGCCACCAAGCAGGAUACGGAAUUGUCAUCAAGGGAAUUGCCUACAGACACACCAGCAACCUCCAAAUCAGCAUCGGACAAGGAGCCCCGCGACUAUACCGAGAUGAUUAUCGACACAUUGGUCUUUGCGCGCAAGAAGAAAUCGAUGACGCUGACAGAGCUCUUUGACGAAAUGGUUACCAGUCAGCCCUCACUGAUGGCUACCCACGAUUCCGAGGAGAUCAAGGAACAGAUGCUUCAGUGUCUGAGUGCCGCACGUUGUGUUGGCAAGAUUACGCGCAAAGGCAAGGAUGCCUACAACAAGCCCCUGGAGAACCAGUGGUACUAUAUCCCCGAGUGCGACCACAACGUCAUGCGCAAACUCACCCGCCAGGAGGUCAUGCCAAGCGCCCGCAAGUGCACCCUGAAGGAUAAGCAAUACUUCUUCAAGAUGCCACCCAAGCUACCAUACCACCGCAAGUCGACUUCACCCUAUGCCGUCAAACCCGCAGCCCGCCGCGCCAAGGAACCCAGCAAGCUGUCGGUAGCCGAUAACGACGAUGGAUCUAACGGAGACGUCUCGUCCUCUUCAGAUGCCGAGGACGAUGUGGAUGAUCAGCCCCUGUCGGCAACUUUGAACCGCAAGCGCAAGUCGACCGUUGCUGGACAUGUUGAUAAGAAGCGCAAGGCUUCCACGGGACCAACAACGACAACGACGGAAGGACCAAAACAUACUGCAGGGGAUGACGAUGAGGAAGAAGAAGACGAGGACGACGACGAUGCACACAACGAUUCUUUGGAUGAUCUUUCAGAACUCUCUGGCCUGUCUGAUUGA